UCUUGGACUAGGUUAGCAAUUCUGCUUCUGGUCUCCUGUGUGUUGUCUCCGGUUCCCGAUGAAUUCGUCGCUGGUACUGCUGGUGCUGGUUCUGCUGGCUUUGGCCUCAGCCCGAGGUUCAGGCGGCCCACUGCCCCAACCCGACGUAGUUCCUCAACUGUCGGAUGCCGGGCCACCGCGUCUGAAAAGUGGGAACGCCGAGAGUGGAGGGACAAAGUCAGAUUUUGAUUUUGAGGGAACCAACCUGGAGUGGCAGUGGUGGACGGGCAGUCCACCCAAAGGAGCCGUGUCCUUUUCCAACGGCUACACCAAAAGCAUCGACUACAUCUGCAAGCACGAGUGCGAUUCAGGCUACUACAGACCCAGCGAAGGCAACUUCUGUGUCUAUUCCUUUAACGGGGUAGCCGUGCAGACCGUAGACUUUUUCUUGCUGGUCAACAAAGACAAAUUUGAGAUCCUGGAGUGGCAGGAGGGCGCCCACGGUUCGGUGGCCUGGAACGCGGUCAAAAACUGCAAGGACAGAGACAAAUACGUCGGCAAGAACGCGUACGGUCUGGGCAAGGUGCAUGUGAGCCACCGAGUCUUUUACUUGCCCUGGGGCGAAUACGAGUACAAUUACCCCACAGACUACAUGUUCUUGACCAUCAAGGAAGACAUUAAGGAGGACCACCUGAUGCGAAUCACCUACCAAACCGAAGGAAUCAACGUGGUGGAGCAUCCCCCGGAGAUGAUGAAGAACGACAGCGUCGAGAACCGCGACUGCCUGGAAGCCACCAUCACCGACACCCUCAGCAAGAGAAACAUGGUGGAGCACAGGUGGCAGCACACCUUCAGCCUCUCCCUCGCCGCCAGCACCAUCUUCACCACCGGUAUCCCCCACCUGUUUCAGGGGGCCAUUACAUUUAGCGUGGAGACCAACUUUGCCGUGACCAUGGGGACCACCUACACCGAGACCACCGAGCACCAACUCAAGUUGACCACCAAGGUCCCGCCCAACCACUUGUGCAGAAUCCACAUGGUGGGCAAGAAGUACGGAGCGGAUAUCCCCUACACGGCGCGCCUCAAACGCACUUACGCAAACGGCGAGACCAAGUGGACCACCGUCAAGGGCAUCUACAGCAGUGUCCAGAUCUCGGAGGUCAACGGUAUGGUGGACCGCUGUGAACCGGUGCCGGAUGCCAAGCCUUGCUAAAUCGCACACACGCUUGUUUGCGCUCUGAUGAAGGUCCUUGUUAUAAGAAGAAUAAAAUGGAAAUACUCACAUCUGCAUAACAGCAAGAAUAUUUCGUGUGUCGAUUGUACAAAAUGUCGGCUUAUCCUCGCACCUCAAAGAUGGUUUGUUUGUCACCAAAACUAAGACGCAGCUUGCGCAGAGGCAAUCCUCUCGACAUUUCUGCCCAUUAGACAAAAGACGAGACACUUAAAAAAAAAAAACUCUACCUCUACUUUUAGUUCUUCUACUUUCUUCGUUUCAUGACUUUGCUGUUGUAAAUUGGGAAUUUCUUCAUUGUGAGACGAAUAAGGGUUUUCUUAACUCCUUCA